AUGGAGAGCAGGACAAAGCGUUAUCGUGUGUGGCUUCGGCCGCACGGCGGGGCGCAAGAAGAUCAUUCUGAUAAGACUUCCAAUCAAAAACCCCAGGAAAGUGGACUUUCGGGCAUGAAUUUGGAGGGUAGAGGCGCGAGUGCCUGUCCAGUUUACGACCGCACCGACAGAACUGCCACUACUCAAGAUGACAACAGCGCCAUCAACCCCCCAUUAGACAAAAACGACGACAAAAACAAAAUAACAGAGAGCCAGAGGCUCGGCGUUCGGUUUUCGUCUACUAUUCAUGUUGCUGCUGCACAUGGUGAAACUCGAUUGUCCAAUGUUACUGCUUCCGCCACCAGCCAAAGCGAAACCGAAGAAGCCCCGAAACGGAUAUUCAAGGAUGAAAAAGAGUUGUACAUUCCAAGCAGGUGGAGCUCUUGGGAACAAAAUAAGUGCUUUUCACACAGGUCGAAGACUCGCGCUCAGGAACUGGAGAUUUCAAACAAAACCGAUGAUACUGUCAAUUGCAACAUUAGCAGGGACUCACUCACAACUAGCCAGGCAAGCACGUCAGCAGGCUUCUGCGCGUGGCCUCUACAAGGAGUCGUUUUGCCCGGUGAUACACAGACUCUGCACUUUGGCUACUGUUCUAGUAGACGAAGCGGUCUUCAGUACUGCCGCUGGGAGCUGCGCGUGUGCCCAACUAGUAAUGCUUGUGUUUGCACUGUAUCGUCGUCGACAAGCACGCCAGGAACGGCUUCAGGGAGCACAAUUUAUACGGUCGCCGUUGUUUCUGCUCCGACGCUGCCUCUAGAGGGGCUUUGGCAGCAAGACAAAGAAACUUGUAGAUUACAGGCUGUCGAUGCGGCGGAGGAUAUUUUGCGGGUGCUAAUACAGGAAACAGUUUGCUGCGCAGCAAGGCGGGAAGAAGCUCUGACAAGCAUGGACGAUCCACUGGCAAGAACAGCCGUAUUUAAGGUCGUAAAUGCAUCAAUGGGCAUCACUGCCCCACCAACAGUAGUGGACUCGCUCUUGCUACUGCAACAUCAAGCGAAGUCUUUGCAGUGCUCCCAAGGACAGCAGCUUGAGCUGUUGCACACUCGUUUUACCUCACCCUCUUAUAAAAUCUUGAGUGAAGUGCAAUCGCUACAGUCUGGGGAGAGGGUCACCGAAGCACCAAUUCUACUGGAGACGGCGGAAACACCAAAAGCCUAUGCUCCGUCCCUCUCAGAUGCGAUUGCUGCGGGAAAGGCUGACAUCACAAUGUUCAGCAUGCGAGCACUCCAAAAGCAGAUCUGUCAGCUUCCUGCGGAGGAGCGUACACAGCAACAGCAGCUCUCUUGGAGCCUUAGGAAGCUUCUCAGUGACUGUGAUGACUCCCAACUUGUGCUGCAAGACCCAGAAAAAGAGAGGGACUUGCACCCAGCACUGCUGCUGCAGCGAGAGAUGGAGAAGAUAUCGGCAGCUGAAGCAGCACUCUACACGGCGUUGAGUAAUGCGAUAGAGACAUUUUCUACAGCACUGACUGAGGCCCUCGAGAUGGCAGGAGUAGCCUGCAUAGAAGAUGAAAAAGGACGACAAGCAGGAAAGAAUUUCAAACGGCAAGCGAACCGGGGCAGGCGUGACAGCAAGGCCUCCGAAGAUUCCAGUAGAACCUCAGCGACAGCAACAGCAGCAGCAGUCGCUGCUGCGGCAGCCGCCAUAGCUGCAAGCAACAGCGAACCAGAGGAUGAUGGCCCCCAGACACGGCAACAUGUAGCAGAGCAGCUGCUGCAGUGGCUUUUAAAUGAAGCUAUAGCUGCUGCAGAACCACAGAUGAUGUUGGAGGCAGCGCAGAAUGCAGUAGCUUGGGGUGGUGUCCUUGCUGAAGCUGCGCGGCACAGAUGCCAGCAUCGGCUGCCCUAUGAAGCCCUUGAGCAACAGUUGCAACGAACGCCAUUGCCGUCCUUUCUAGAUCAUCGUGUGCACCUCAUGGCUGAAUACCUUUCUAAGAAACAAGCGCACACUGUUAAAGGCUGUACACGAGGUGUCGUACUUUUUGAUGGGAGUACUACAACUGAGCUGCUGUCUUUCUUGCAGCAGCAACCCUCGGCUGAAAAGCAGAUCUGGAUGCAACAACUACUGCAGCAGCGUUUAGGUUACCUAGCUGACCUCUUGCCAGAGUCAAGAGACGGCCUGUUGUUGUGCCUGGAAAUAUCUUCUACGCGUCAGCAGCAGCUACAGUUCCAGCACCCAACGCUUCUGCAGCAACUGGUGCAAGAACUAGUCGAAGGUUACUUACUGCCAGCCUUAUUCGGGGAUGAACCACAGCAAAUUCAGCCACCUAUUGUUUAUCUUGAGACCCCAGAAGACUUCGCAGCUGUAGUAGAUGACGCUUAUUCUAGUCAAGUGGCUGCACCAAGCCAUCAUGCACUACCUCAAAGACACGCGUCAACUGAAGACGGAGAAUACGAAGACGCAGAGGGCCUUCCCUGUCUCCUUGUUGUUCCCUCGUGGCAGCAAUUCUUCGUUGCAGCGACCACUAAGCUAAAAUCCCUGCAGAAACAGGUGACUGUGGCAAAUUAUCAAAAGAUAUCAGACGCAGCACAAGACGGAGACGACGAUGGUGCCGCAACUGUUGCAGAAACAGAUGAAUAUAAUUACCUAACCGCGAAAAGGCAGCUCGCUGCACUUUCGGAGCUGCUUCAUAUUGAUUUUGUCGUCCUUGACACUCCUUCUUCUAUCUACCAAGCGGAAGACGAGCCACUUGCGACGGAAGAGAAAAUCGUGCAGAAAACCCCACAAACGCUGGCUCGGGUCGUAGCCACAGCAAGAGCCAGCAGCCCCUGGCUGCUAGAAAAUCCAACAACCCGCGCACUGGGUCCCCAUGCAAUAGCGUAUUUGAAAGCUGCUUGCGUGCUCUUAGGAAUUGAUUCAUCUGCAUUGCAGCAGCGCGCAUCAGAAUGUGUAGCAGACUGGAGAGAAGAGAGACAUGGAAGGCAAUCCUUAGAUGCAGCCGCUGCCUUAGCAAUGCGAAAAGCUCAACGCAGCUUCGAAACUCUGUGUACGGACAGAAGGAGCUGCUGUUGCAUCAUUCCACAUGUUUCGACGCAAAGCAGUGGCGCCAAUUUGAACCCGAGUCCACAUCCACAAGAAGGAACAGCAGUGAACGAACCUUUAGUUGUGCUAGACCAGCAAAUCAAGCACAGAGUCACCGCAAUCUUGUGCUCCUACUGGGACAGCGUGGUUCCCAUGGGGCCGGCCAUGACUGCAGCUGAAAAUGCAGCUUCUCAGGAGUUGCUCUUUAAGUGGGCCUCUUUGCAGUUACAGAAGCUGAGAACGCUAGUCUCUGGAACGAUCGUAUCAAACGUGCUCCUGGCAGGAGACCUUGUCAGCCUUGUUUGCGGCUUGGCGUUGAACGGGGAUCUGGCAAUGCAGCCAAAUCAGCAAGAAACGCCAAAACAAGAAGAUUCCGCAGUGGAACCAUAUUAUAAAGCAGACAAGGCUGCAGCAGGCGCUGCAGCAGCAGCAGCUGCUGCUGCUGCUGCUGAUCCUGCUGAGCAAGGCAGGCUGGCAAGGGGUUGGCUGCGGCUCUGUAAAUCAGUGACAGCAGGUAGUGGUAGGAACAGCAGCAUAGCUAAUGGCGGUUUCAGCAUCCAGCCACGAAUUCACGGGCUACAACAACUGCGCAAAUUUGUGCACCAGCAGCUGAAGAUCAUCUUGGAAAUAGGUGGGUACAAUGCAGUAUGGCUGCAAUGA